AUGGAUCUCACAAGGAAGCACUUGAAAGAGCUACAACGUCAGUUAAAUGAACAGAAUGAGGGCGCUUUAUCUACUUUAUCAGAUUCAAGGAUAAAUUUGUUCUUGUUAAGCCAGCAAAAUGAACCACUAGAAGAUCCACCAGAAGGUUUAUUGUUGGAUGAUUCUGCUGAUGAAAAAGAUGAUGCUGUGAACUCAUCAAUGGAGAAUUUUGAAGAUGGUGAUGAUGAUGAUAUUGCUGGUAAUGAUAAUUAUGGGGUUGAAAAUACAUCAAGAUCCCUUUUGACAAUCAAUGAUACACAGUUAAAUGAAGCUCCUGUUAAGUUUCAAGAUGAGAAUGGGUUAUCAAAGAUAUUUGAUCCAAAUAACACAUCAUUGUUAUACGUUGAGAAAAAAGAAUUACAAGAAAGUUCAACAGAUGUUAAAUCUACUGCUCGUGAGGCAUUAAAGUCAAUCGAUACAAAUACUUCAAGUUCACCAAUAAAAUCUUUAAAACAAGGAAUAUCAAAGCUCCCAGUAUCACAAGCUGCUGCUAAAACUGGAAGAGUUCUUAGAAGUCGUAUGUUAAAUGCCCCUGGACUACCGUAUAAUAUGGGUUCCAAAGCCAAACAAUUGAAGCAAAAACAAGGACGUACUAAAUCAACCAAAACACUCAACUCUAAAUCACCUUCAGAUUUAAAUUUCCCUAAAAUGGAUAGUUUGAUAUCAUUAAAGUCAAAAGAAAGGUUUCCAUGA